AUGAACGGCCCUCUUCCUUCUACGAGGGCUUUCCUCUCCGACGUCCCCUCUCUCCCGGCUGACUCUAAAGUCCGCUUUCUUGGUUGCGUCAAAACAUAUCAGAUCUCUACAGGGCACUUGGUCCUUGAGCACAACUAUCCGCGGCUCAAAAAACCAAGGGAGGACCCCCCAUCUAUAACAAUCGAUGUCAAUGCUAUCCUGGAGGCGAUGACCUGGGAGGAGCUGUGCGUCGGUGCGUGGAUUAAUGUCAUCGGCUAUGUACGAAAAGCUCCGGUUGUUGCCUGGGAUAAGGAGGUGGUGUCAGCCCCUGCGUCGUCUAUGCCUGAAUCUGUGCAUGUUGAUGCUGUGAUUGUCUUUCCAGCCGGAGCGAUUGAUUUGGGCGAAUAUGAACAGAUCUUGAAUGAUUCACAGGAGGUAGAGAGGAUGAGGCGUGCAGUCGAAUGA